AACAGACCCAACGGAGGUGCGGAGCGGGAGUACAGGCCCCGCAACCCCGCCACCGGAAGAACGACCCCGAGUCGGAGUGAGCGCCCGGCAGUGGAGGGCGCCCAGGGCCGUGGCACCGAGACCGACCCCUCAGCUGCCACCUGAAGACCCAUGCUGCCCCCUUAUCUGGAUGUUUGACCCAUGGUGGGAAAAGGCAGCUGCCUCCAGCAGGUUGGGUGUGAAUGGACCAGGCCUGGGACAAAGCCCACGGGCCUCGGCCAAGCACGGCCACUGUCCAAGUGCGGGAGCUGAGCUGGCAAGGCCUGCACAACCCCCGCCCACGGAGCAAGGACCCAGGCAGCCACAGGGAGCAGCUGGUAGAGGAGUGCCUGUCACCUGCCCGACUGCGGGCCCUGGCCCAGGUAGAUGACCUUCGACUGGUGAACAUGCUGGAGAUGUGUGUCAACACCCAUGAGAACAGCCUGGGGAACUUUGGGGUGCACCUGCCCAACCUCAGCCAGCUGAAGCUGAACGGCAGCUGCCUGGGCUCCGUGAGAGACCUGGGCACUUCCCUGGGCCACUUGCAGGUGCUGUGGCUGGCUCGCUGCGGCCUGACUGACUUGGAUGGCAUUGGCUCCUUCCCGGCCCUGAAGGAACUCUACGUCUCCUACAACAACGUCUCAGACCUGAGCCCGCUGUGCCUGCUGGAGCAGCUGGAGGUGCUAGACCUGGAGGGCAACAGCGUGGAGGACCUGGGGCAGGUGCACUAUCUGCACCUGUGCCCGAGGCUGGCCACACUCACCCUGGAGGGCAACCUGGUGUGCCUGCGGCCAGGGCCCAGCCCUUCCAACAAGGUGCCACGGGGCUACAACUAUCGGGCAGAGGUGAGGAAGCUCAUCCCCCAGCUGCAGGUCCUGGAUGAGGUACCAGCCACACACACAGGCCUACCGGCCUCCCAGAAGCUGGACCAGGACUGGCUCAUGGUGAAGGAGGCCAUCAAGGAGGGCAGUGUCUUGGAUGGCCUGCUCCCUGGGCUGGAUCAUCCCCAUGGAGCCCCCAUUCAGAGACUCAGCUCCGAGCUCUCCUUGACUGAGACCCAGCCAUGGGCCCCCAGGCCAUGGCCCCUCUCCCUACUGGUCGCUGGGGGUCCUCUGCCUGAAAGCCUGCUUCCCAAGGACCCAGCUCCAGAGGAUGACACCAGCAACCUCACCCAUGGUGCUGGCCGAGUCCUCUGCGGGAACCCCACCAAAGGCCUGCGGGAGCGUCGACACCAGUGCCAGGCCUGGGCAGGUCCGGAGCAGCUGCCCCCACACAGGCUGAAGGACCUGGCUGCCUCCGUCCCAGGGCCUGAUUCUACAGACAGCAGUGACCCCCUGGCCUUGGCGAGGCUUCCAGCCUGCAGGGAGCUGUGCCUGCGCUCCCUCCCUGGUAGGUCCCUGGAGUCCCAGCAAGAAGGUGCCACAGCCCCCUGGGGCCCUUGGAGAGGCCCUGAAGAGCAAGAGAACAAGUCCAGGCCCAAGACUCCCUCCAGCCCCCUAUGCCUGGCCCCAGAGCCUUCCAGGACUUUGGGCUGUAACCUGACCCCCUCUCCCCCCAAGACGCCCAUGCCUUCUGAUUCUAGCAACAGUUACUGGGGGUCCACAGGCCUGCAGUUCCGGAGGCGGAGGUUCAGAGCCCUAUGUAGCUUAGGGCCUGGCUUAGGGCAGGGACCUGGCCUAGGGCAGGGAUUGGCUACAGUGACGGAUCUGAGAGCCCUGGAGGUGACCUCAGGCCCAAGCCCUAGAGCCCAAAGAUGUCCAGGCCCAAAGCCAGCACCAGAUCCAGCAGCCAGAUCCCCCCGCCUCCGGUGCAUGCCACACCUGAACCCUAUCACCCCAGCCCAAUCCCACCCCUAGUGUGACCCCUCCACCCACUGCCAAGCUGGCCUGGAUUGCGGGCCAAGGAGCCCCAGUAUGGUCAUGGGAGCCCCAUGUGAACUCUGGCUUCAUGGAACCCAGAGCAUCUUGGGGGGUGUGUAAUGAGCUUGACAUAGGAGAGACCCUUCUUGGUGGAGGAGAGUCAGGGGCUGGGAUUGCCAGCCGUAGGCACAAGAAAGAUCCCAGGCUAAGAGAGCCCAGGUCCCCAGCACUGGCCCAGCUGCCCACUCCUUCCACCUGACGGCCCAGGCCGAGGUGGCUGGAGCGCGGCCCUAUCAGCUCUCUGUCAGGUCCUCCAGAUGCCAGGGUGCAGCCAGGCCUCCCAUCCCCGGUGGAUUUGUGCGGUUCCUCACCCACGCAGGAAUGGAACAGCCAGUUCCCUUCCCUUGGGUCAGGAUACCCCCAGACCACGCGAAUCCCCUUCGACUCUCAGGUGUACACAUAAAUGCCGUUUACUUCGUAGGCGAUGUUGGUUCAAUAAAUUAUGCAGCCGGCACUGCCUGCCUCCCACGA